CCCUGAUGACCCAUAUCUAUACCUAUCAUAAGAGCAGACCCGGCGACAUUGACAUUACUUCUAAGUACUUUUGAAGCUUUAGAUAAGGUACGGGCAACGGGAUGCCGGCAACAGCGGCAAUGACGACGACGGCGGCGGCUCCCUUAGCCGUGUACCACAUGCCACCACCGACGUCAGGUGGGAUAAACGAGCCCCAGGAGUGUCCGUACUGCCGGCGCACCUUUUCCUGCUACUACUCGCUCAAGCGGCACUUCCAGGACAAGCACGAGCAAUCCGACACGCUCUACGUCUGCGAGUUCUGCAACCGGCGCUACCGCACCAAGAACUCCCUCACGACCCACAAGAGCUUGCAGCACCGCGGCUCGAGUGGCAUGCUCAAGCGCCUCCUGAAGACCAGCGCCAUCAAGACCGUCCUCGGCAGCAUCCACCAGCAACAGUAUAACCCCCAGCAGCAGUAUCCCCCGCAGCCCCAAUGA